GUCAAUCCAACCUCAAAUACACUUUCUGACUCCCUCAGCUCCCUGUGAGUCAUCUUCUGGAGCUCACACCAACCUUCACACUGAAGAGAUGCUAUCACUUCUCUGCUGCUCUCUUGUGCUCAUCUUUGCUCAGCAGUACACCAGCUAUGCUCAGACGAACGGGCAACAGGAGCCCGCUGAACGACGGCAGUUCUGCCACUGGCCUUGCAAGUGUGGUGAGAGGCCCUACUGUGCCCCCGGAGUGAGCUCCAUCCUUGACGGCUGUGGCUGCUGCAAAAGCUGUGCACGGCAGAUAGGAGAGCGGUGCAACGAGAGGGAUGUGUGUGACCCACACAAGGGCAUGUAUUGUGACUUCUCAGCAGACAAGCCUAGAUAUGAGGUUGGAGUGUGCGCAUACAUGAUGGCGGUUGGCUGUGACCUGAAUGGGGUCCACUAUGAGAACGGAGAAACGUUUCAGCCCAGCCCCCUCUAUAAGUGUACAUGCAUUGCUGGAGCCAUCGGCUGUACGCCUGCUUUCAUCCAGAAGCCUGCUGGUCUGUUAGGCCCCGCUCCACUGAUGAGUAACAGGCCAGCUGGCAUUCGCAAUGGUCAAAACCCCAGCAAACACCAACAGGAGACUACAUAUAUGACAGCUUACAGGGAUCCUCCUUUAGCUUGGAAGAAGAACUGUCUGGUCCAGACAACCCCCUGGAGCCCCUGCUCCAAGACCUGCGGACUGGGCAUCUCCGUACGCGUCAACAAUGACAACAGCAAAUGUGAGAUGAGAAAAGAUCGGCGCCUAUGCCUGCUGCGACCAUGCGACAAAAACAUGCUGAGGAGUGUCAAGGUGCCACAGGGGAAGACGUGCAGAUCAAAGUUCCAAGCAAGGAAGGCAGAGAAACUGAGGCUCUCGGGCUGCACCAGCACCAAGAAGUUUAAACCCACAUACUGUGGUGUUUGUACUGAUAAACGCUGCUGUGUCCCCAAUAAGUCCAGCAUGAUCAAAGUUAACUUUACCUGCAAAACAGGUUCCAACAUACAGUGGAAGAUGCAAUGGAUCACAUCCUGUGUGUGCCAGAGGAAGUGUACUGAUCCAGAUGACAUGUUUUCUGAGCUGCGAUUACUUUAAGGAACCGUUUAAAAGACCAUGAGCCAUAAGGUAUUCUACAACAAAUAAGUAUACUAUAAAAAGGUGGAAACCAGUCAUCAAAUGAAGGAAAAAUGUUGUGAGCUCCGUCUUUAAGACAAGUGUGUUCAGAAUGCUGGUGUAGAAGCUGAAACUCCAAGGAGGAGACACCUAAAACUCUGUGGUUUCAUGACUAAAACUUAACUGGUCAUAAACCUGAUUUUCAGCUGUCCAGCAUAAAUUUCUAAACUUUUUUUACUCCCUUUAUUUUACUCCCCUCACUGUAUUUACUUGCCUGUUCUGGAACCAAUCAAGUUGAAACAGCAUGGUCGUCAGUAAAACUCAGUUUUAUUUAUUUAACAUACUGCUGCUUCUACUUGAAUCUGUUAGGGGGACCUUAUUUUUCCUUUAUCCCUCUGUAUAUUCUAACCUUUUUCUAUAUUUCAGAUGUACAUGUAAACGUAGUGAAUGUAGCCCCCACAUUUCCCUUUGGGAUUGAAAAAAAGUGUUCUGAUUCUUAUCAUCUUUAGAUUGCAAGUCAGAGAAGUUGACCUCUCGACAUCUGUGUCACGAAACAAACCAAAUUCUCCCAUUCUGAAGAGAAGUUUUGAUUUUUAAACAGGAAAACAACAUGAAGUGGCAGUGAUUAUCCACGACAAGUAGAAGCAUUUAAAAUGUCUCCUGGGUGAUUUAUUAAGGUGGUAGGCAAUGUUCAAAUAAGCAAAUUCACGAAUGCCACUAGGAUUUCAAUCUAAUCUGAUCUUCAUAAGGCUCUUUAAUAAUUGAGGAACUUGAACUUCUUGCAGCUUACUCUGGUCACAUUAAACAAUGUUUCAUUGAGACCUGAACAGCUGCUGUAAAGCCAUUUUAUAGGGGAAAUUUAGACAUUUAGAAACAAAAAAGGUUAUUUUCUUUCCUUUCAUUUUCUGCUAUGAGCCAAGCACUCUAUCCUGACAAUUGUAUCUACGUACAGCCAAAGGAACAGUGCAGAGGUUGUCCUUAAAUUCAUCGAGUGAAGGCUUCGUCAGCUGAUGUGUCUAAAUAAAAUGUAUUUAAGAACA